GCCUUCUCCGCCCCAGGCCGCAGCCGGUCCUUUCGGUUCUAGUCUGUAGUUUACCAACAUGUCGGUGUUCGGGCCAGUGGUGAAAAUUCACCCCGUCGUUCUCGCUUCUAUUAGCGACUCAUACGAAAGAAGAAAUGAAGGAGCGAGUAGAGUGAUUGGGACUCUACUGGGUACCAUUGACAAGCACUCAAUUGAAGUGACCAACUGCUUCUCUGUGCCCCACAAUGAAUCUGAAGAUGAGGUUGCUGUGGACAUGGAGUUUGCCAAGAACAUGUAUGAGCUCCAUAAGAGGGUGUCGCCUACUGAGGUCAUCAUUGGAUGGUACGCCACUGGCUUCGACAUCACAGAACAUUCAGUGCUCAUCCAUGAGUACUACAGCCGUGAGGCCUCCAACCCCAUUCACCUCACUGUGGACACUGCCCUGCAGAGCGGCAAGAUGAACAUUCGCGCCUACGUCAGUGCGCAGAUGGGUGUGCCAGGAAAGACAGUUGGUGUGAUGUUCACCCCGUUGACUGUCAAGUAUAUCUACUACGACACUGAGAGGAUAGGCGUGGACCUACUCCAGCGGACACGUUUAGCUCCCAGUCGCACCAAGGGGUUGACCUCUGACCUGUCCCAGGUGGCCGGAUCUGCAGCCAGGGUACAGGACAUGCUGACAACCGUUCUUUCUUAUAUUGAUGAUGUGCUGUCUGGUAAGGUGACAGCAGAUAACAGUGUGGGCCGCUUCCUGAUGGACUUGGUCAAUAAGGUCCCCACCAUCUCAGCCGAGGACUUCGAGAACAUGCUCAAUUCCAACAUCAACGACCUGCUGAUGGUGACCUACCUGGCCAACCUCACCCAAGCACAGAUUGCUCUCAACGAGAAGCUGGUGCUGCUCUGAGGACUUUUUUCAGUGAAUCAUAUUUAAUUUUUGUACUUUUUUUUUUUUUUUUUUGGCUGAGAUGAAUAAAAAUAUUAACCAGC